AAAGGUUGUAACGCAUUCUGCUGUUGUUGUUGACGAUUUGGUAUUUUGAUUUAGUUGAGUAGAGUGGAAUUUAGCUUUUUAAAUACAGAAUUCAAAUAUGGAACAAAACUUCGUGAAAGCUGAUUCUUCGAAUUUACCGAAAGUAGAUUACGAGAUGAUCGAUUAAUACUAUCGACACAAUGAUGACUUUGUCUAAGCAAAUGUGAGAAAUGUGAAAACACAGAGAAGUGGCAAGCAAUCGUAUGGAGAUGAAGCUAUCGGAUUUGUCCAGCUGUUGCGAGAGGGAUCAAUAUGUACUGUAAAGUGCCAAGUAACUCCCGAACACAAGAUCCACGAAAAAGGAUACCAGGUGACAAUCUGCAUUAAUGAGGCUGAAGAGAAGAUUACACAUAGUGUGUGUCAUAGCUGCCCAGCUAGUGAAGGAGGGUGCAAGCAUGGUGUAUCUCUGAUGUUUUGGCUACUACGACGUUCUACAGAACCUUCUGUAACAAGUGUUGAGUGCUACUGGCGAAAACCGACUUUAGCAAAAGUAGGUUCUUCAUUGAAAGCAGCAAAAUUGAACGAGCUAUUUAAGAAUGUUCCCCCAGUUGCAUCACACAAUAAUUCCUUCUUAAAAAAACUAUUAGAAAAAGGAUUAGAAAACAAAAGCAAGGGCAUUUUAUUUGAAUACUACAAAACUGAAGAGAAUGCUAUUGAUAAAGUAUCCCUAUAUCAUUUAAUAAAUAAAUUUGUAAGAAACAGUAGCAGCAUCACUGCUGAAAAUUUUAUUCAGUAUUGUCAGCAAGAAAUGAAUGAUCAGCCUUGUAAAGAAAUUUUAAAUCAAACAAAAGAUCAAUCCAAUACUGGUACAUGGUUUGAGAUAAGGUAUGCACAUAUUACUGCAUGGAAGUUUUAUGAAGCAGCACAGAGUACAACAUAUGAUGGAUGUUUAGUGGAGUCAAUUUUGGGUGCAGCAAAAUUCAAGUCCACAAAGGCUAUGAAGAGGGGAUUAUCAUUAGAGGAUAAAGUAUUGAAGGUUGUGGCAAGAAAGAAACUAAUAAAAGUAGAAAAAGUAGGAAUAUUUGUAGAUAAGAGAUAUCCUAUAUUUGGAGCUAGCCCUGAUGCUGUAAAUGCUGAGUUUUGUAUUGAAAUAAAGUGCCCAUCAAAAGAAUCGACACUUAAGCAAUACUUAAAUGGUGGAGUCAUAGGUAAGAAACCUUUUGCCCAAAUUCAACUCCAAAUGCUAUUCUCGGGCAGAAAAAAGGGAUUAUUUUGUGUUGCAUCACCAAAUUUUGAAGUGAAUAAAGAUGUAUCAAUUGUGGAAGUUGAACUUGACAUUUUUUUUGUAAGGAUUUGCUGCAAAAAGCAACUUUGUUUUGGGAAAAAGCUAUCUUCCCAAAACUGAUUCAAUAGAUCUACUGUAAUGUACUCAACUUGUAAUGUCAACAAUUUACCUGUAGAUUUGACUAAAAGACAACUCAAUUGUUC